CUUUGGGAACCAGCAGAGGCAGAAGCUGAGUUGAAGUGGAUCGCAGUGCAAGUCACAGAGAAGUUCUUCCACAAGUCGAAAGAAACAAAAGCAGACGCAGAUUCCAGACGCUCAACCAUGUAUUUAGCAGCCUCUCUCUUCCUGGCUGCUCUACUCUCAGUGAAUCAAGCAGCGAAUCCUUGCUGCUCUCAUCCCUGCCAGAACCAAGGGGUCUGCACCACGGUGGGCUUCGAUGGCUAUGAAUGCGAUUGCACACGGACCGGAUUUUACGGCGAGAACUGCACCAAUCCUGAAUUCUGGACUUGGGUGAAAUUGUCCUUGAAGCCUUCUCCCAACACUGUGCAUUACAUCCUCACCCACUAUUCUGGAUUGUGGAACUUUAUAAACAGCAUAUCUUUCCUGAGGGACGCCAUCAUGCGUUAUGUGCUAACGUCCCGAUCUCAUUUGAUCGACAGUCCACCUACCUACAACGCAAAAUAUGGUUACAAAAGCUGGGAAGCUUAUGCCAAUAUCAGCUACUUCACCAGAACCCUGCCCCCAAUCCCCGAAGACUGCCCGACUCCAAUGGGAGUAGUUGGAAAGAAAGUUCUGCCCGAUCCCAAGUAUUUAGCGGAGCGGUUCCUUAUGAGGAAGAAGUUCAUCCCUGAUCCUCAGAAGACCAACAUGAUGUUUGCCUUCUUCGCACAGCAUUUCACCCAUCAGUUUUUUAAGACAGACCAGAGCCGAGGAGCAGCCUUCACUAAAGGGUUAGGUCAUGGGGUUGACCUAAGUCAUGUGUACGGAGAAACGUUAGUCGAACAAUACAAGCUGAGACUGUUUAAAGACGGGAAACUCAAGUACCAGGUUAUCAAUGGAGACGUUUAUCCUCCCAUCGUAAAGGAAGCCCCCGUAGACAUGACCUACCCUCCUCAUGUGCCGGAGCACUUGCGCUUUGCUGUGGGCCAGGAAUUCUUUGGUCUGGUUCCAGGCCUGAUGAUGUACGCAACGAUCUGGCUGCGGGAGCACAACCGAGUGUGUGACAUCUUGAAAGUCGAGCACCCCGACUGGGAGGAUGAGCAGCUCUUCCAGACCAGCCGACUCAUCCUGAUAGGAGAGACCAUCAAAAUAGUCAUUGAAGAUUAUGUGCAGCAUCUGAGUGGCUAUAACUUCAAGCUGAAAUUUGAUCCCGAGCUUCUCUUUAACCAACACUUCCAAUACAGCAACCGCAUUGCCUCAGAGUUCAACAUGCUCUACCACUGGCACCCCCUGAUGCCGGACACCUUUGAUAUUCAGAAUAAGGCAUACAGCUACCGGGAAUUCCUCUUUAACAACACAGUUCUGCUGGAACACGGCAUCUCCAAUAUGGUUUCUUCGUUCUCCAAGCAGAUUGCUGGAAGGGUUGCUGGCGGCAGGAACAUGAAUCCAGCAUUGCUCAAUGUGGCCAUCGCAAACAUCAAACACAGCCGCGAGCUUCGCUACCAGUCUAUGAACGAAUACAGGAAGCGCUUUUUAAUGAAGCCUUACGUGUCUUUUGAAGACCUCACAGGUGAGAAAGAAAUGGCAGCUGAGCUGAGGGAACUGUAUGGAGAUAUUGAUGCAAUGGAGUUGUACCCUGGUCUGAUGAUAGAGAAACCAAGACCUGGAGCCAUUUUUGGAGAAACCAUGGUCGAGAUGGGCGCCCCUUUCUCUUUGAAGGGUUUAAUGGGAAACCCUAUCUGCUCGCCUCAAUACUGGAAACCCAGCACUUUUGGUGGGAAUGUCGGCUUUGACAUCGUGAACACCUUUUCACUGCAGAAGCUGAUCUGCAACAAUGUGAAGGGUCCUUGCCCAUUCGUCACAUUCAGCGUUCCUGAAUCUACAGCCAGCAAUUCAGGUUCUCCCAGCUCCGAUUCGUCCAACACAGGUCUGGAAGAUGUUAAUCCACAGGGUCAUGUACUGCUGAAAGAACGAUCAGUGGAACUUUAAAGUGGAUAAAUUCACCAUUAGUGUGGAUUCCAAAGCUGUAGAGACAAUAGAGACACCAGAUUUAGAGAGAUAUUCUUAUAGGGAAGCAUGAACUGGAAAUGGUCAUCAGGUUAGACCUGAACCUUCUACCGACCAUGUACAAUAUAUUUGCUAUCCUGUGGUUAAACUUAUAAAUAUUUCUUGUUAUCAGAAGCUUAGAAAGGACCUUCAAGACUAUUUUCCCUUCCCAGAAGACCUGGCCCCACACAGGAAUUAUACAACUCCUUGCAGACUUUCACCCUCUUAGUCUGUACUUAUCUCUAUGACCUUCCAAUUCUAUUCCGUCCAUAUCCCUAUAACCUCUCGAUCCCUAGAGCCUCCAAUGCUACUCCCUCCCAAUCACACCUUCAGAUCA